GAUCAGCUGUGACGUCACAUGAGGAGAAGGGGACUCACAACUGAAAUAACACUUUUCUUGACACGCUCAGUCUCUCCGUCUAAAUCUUGGCGUUUACACUAUUGUCAGGUGAAAUGGAUGACCUCCCGGAAUUGCUUGAAAUAGCUCUUACAAGCCCAUUGUUCAAGACUACCUCGCUAAUUGAUUUCUGCCAAGACAUCGACGACUCACUAAUACCCACCUUGUGGUCUUCGUUACCGCCCCCAGUUGCUCAAGAUGUAGACGACAUGAACAGAUCCAAUGGUAAGAGUUCGUCGUCGCUUGGUAGCAAGAAGAGGCGGAGGCAGGAGACGGAGAGGAAUCGUCAACGUCGAUAUAGACAGCGACUACGUGUAGAGCGUAAGAGGCUGGAGAACGAGGUCGAGAAUUUAUCGAGACAAUUGGAUCACCUUAAGGAGGGCAGCGUGCAAAAGCAAGCUUGGGGCUCGGCACCAGUCCGUUUAUGCAGCCUUUCCGAGAUAGUGCGCGAGAAGGAGAAACGUCUCAUUUCGGAAAGUGAAAACCAACGGCUCCAGACAGCCGUCACUAUGCAAGCAACGUAUAUUAAACACCUUAGUAAGCUUGUAGGGGGUGCCAGUCUCAACGUAGAUGAAGAUCAAGUACCCAUAUAUGAGCCUUUCUCUAAAAAAAAAAAAUAAUUUCUCUCUUAGCGAA